AUGAUAAGAGAAGGUAAAGUUCUCAAGCUCGCGCGUACUUCAGUUUCUAACGAAGCAUGUUCAACUUCUGAACAAUUUCACAUGACUGACGAUAUUUUUCCUUGUUUAGUUCAAUGUUUCGGUUGUAGGAAAAGAAUUGGAAACUUUAGCCAAAAUAAGUCAACAGAGUUGCUUACAAAAAUUCAAAACAACUUUCUUAUUUUCAUCCUGAGGCCUUUACCAAAAACAAAAGUGAACUAA